AUGUGGCUGGCGCUCGUGCUCACCGCGGCUGGCAUGACCAUUUGGCAAGGAAGCAGACUGGUCAAGAAGUACAUGUCCUAUCCCGUACAGGUCAAGGUCGGCAUCGUCGUGAACAACAAACUCAUAUUCCCCUCGGUAACCGUCUGCAACCAAAACAGACUGAGGAAGUCGAGGCUGAACGGAUCGCGUUUCCAGCCCCUCAUAGAGAUUGACGAUGAAACUAUAGGGUCGGUGGACUUCCUGGAGCUGCAGGGCCUAGAUGAACCGCUAGAUGGCGAAGAUGUUGCUCCAACAAAUGCCCCAACAACAAGUGCCCCAGAUACGGCAAACAGAUCCAGGAGAUCGGCCCAUUGGCUUGAAAUGGAAUCCAUGAAUCGACUGCAUGAAAAGCGACGUCAUAUGGUAAAACGGAAAAACAGAGCUACGUCUACCUGCCCUACGGCGCCGGUGAGUGGGACAGACAUAGUUUGCUUGGACGAAAAGUUCUUGAUGGAGAAUGCUUCCGAGGGCUGUGCUCAAAUAGGCAUGCAGUUGUGUUCGUACCACCAACUCCGAACGGCACACGCAAGAGGCAUCCGCGACCCACUGCCGCUAGAUCGAAGCGACUCCUGGCGAUUCUUCAGUCGUCCCGGCUGGGAUGUCACUCUGCAGAACGAAUGCGGACCCCGCUAUGAGAACGUCGUGGAUGAAUGUUACGAUGGCAUGUUCCCACACACAUCUCGUGCUGGGACCGAAGGAUUCCUCUACUGCUGUACCAAAGAGUACAUCGUGACCGACGAAACCUUUACCGACCAUCAAGGAGCAAAACAGGCUUGCGACGACCAAGGGUUUCAACUGUGCACGCCUCAACAACUCAAGAAGAUCUUUACCGAUGGGUUUCGGGGUGAGACAUGGGGCUUCGUCAGCGAUCCAACGAAAAAGGCCCACCUCAGCCCGUGUGGCUGCCGACCAAAGAAGAUGUGCUACCAGCUCACGUACGGCUACGUGCCCAGGACAAACCGAAACAUGCCUGCCUACUGCUGCCAGCAAACGUACGCGCUCCUAGAGGUGGAUUCUCCUCAGCAAAAUCGCGCUGAAGAAACCUGCUCGUCAAAGAACUUUCAUUUAUGCCCCAUCCAACGGUUGGUAGAUGUGCACAAAGCAGGCAUCCAAUCAGACAGAUGGGGAUGGGUGAAGCACCCCGGUAGGAUUGCUCUCCUUGGUAAACCAUGUGACGACCUCCAGAGCAACGACACGGAAUGUUAUCAACAACGUGUAACCCACUUGGACGACCAGACAAGUUCUAAUCUUUCCCAUUGCUGUUCACCUAUGAUUGCCAUCUCGAAUGACCGGUUCCAAGACGAAGAGGAUGCAUCAAACUCCUGUGAUCGACAGGGCCUUCAGCUGUGCACCCUGCCUCAGCUGGUGACGGGUUAUCGCAGAGGUACCCCGAGUGAUGACUAUGGUUGGGCCAGAGACGGCACCUACCAGGGCAUCGUCACCAAGUGCAGCUCGGACGCGAACUGUUCCAACGCGAGAACGGUUCGUCCAGGCGACAGCUUCCCAGCCUAUUGUUGCCAGUACGUCGAGGUUAAGAUCACCAUUCCACCAAGAACACAGUGUACCAACAUGAUCCGGGGCUGUAGCGAACCUCUCGGUAUGGAAGAUGGUCGAAUCUCAAACCAUCAGAUCACUGCAUCCUCCACUAUGGGUAGAAACGGCACACUGCCCUACCAAGGUCGCUUGAAUGGAUGGGGUGCCUGGUGGGCCGAUGUCAUUUCAGAUAGCAAUCUGGGCAGCAAUGAGUGGUUCCAAGUUGAUUUACUAAAGCCGACGUAUGUAACGGGACUGAUGACGCAAGGGGUGAGGGGAGGCCUCAUUAUAACCUACAAGCUUUUCUACAGCAACGAUUCUCAUGGUCCUUGGAUGGUGUACAGGGACAAGAGCAGUAACAGGGAAGAGUUAUUCAAGGGCGUGACUCGAGUGGGUGAAACGAGCCACCAGCAUUUUGCCUACCCGAUCUUGACGAGGUACGUCAGAUUAAAACCUCACUUCUUGUCCAACAAGUACGCCACCUUGCGGAUGGAACUGGUCGGCUGCGAUCCUGAGACGUGUGCGGACCCGAGGAGCACGGACGCGCGUGGCGUGGUGGACGUCUCCCUGGACUGCCAGGGACGGGACUGCUACGUGGGUAACGGGGAGAACUACCGAGGGACGAAACGGACCACGGAGUCUGGAAGAGGCUGUCAGCAAUGGACGCGACACGACCCACACCCCCACUGCAACAUCACCAGUGACACCUAUCCAGGAGCGUGUCUGGUGUUAGACUAUUGUCGCAACCCGGACGGCAGACCAGGUGGACCGUGGUGCUUCACUAAAGACCCGGACGUUCCAUGGGAACCCUGCGGCGUGGGAAAAUGCACGCUGCACGAGAACGAGGUCUUAGAUAAAGCGGCAUGGAGAGGGUACAUUGAGAAAUCGAACACGUCCGACAACAGUGACCUGUCAGAGAUCCUUCCUCCGGCCACGCGCCAGGAGCUGCGGCAGCUGGGACAUCAGAGGAACGACUUCAUCCUGCAAUGUAGCUUCGACAAACAGCCCUGCUCACCGGAGGACUUUAUCACGUCACAAAACGCAAAGUACGGCAAUUGCUUUACAUUCAACAGCGGUCACAAUGGGGUGGUUCGCACAACUACCAGGUCCGGAACUAGCUAUGGUCUCAAACUUACCCUGAACGCCGAGUCAGCAGAAUACCUGGGGCUCUUCGGACAGAGAGUGGGCGCUAGGGUCACUCUCCAUCCGGUCAACUCCACGGCCUUCCCGGACACGGAGGGCAUAGAUGCUCCUCCGGGAACAGCCUCGUCCGUCUCCGUGAGGCAGGUCGUCAUCACCCGCACGCCUUGGCCUUACGGACAGACGGACUGUACCAGCAACGACGACGACUACGGGUCGCUGUACAGCGGGAAGAUCUACACCCUGCGGAUGUGCGAGAACACCUGCCUGCAGUGCGCCAUCAUCAACCGGUGUCGCUGCGCCACGGACAUGAUCGACCUCACACGGAAGAAAGCCAUCAGCGAGUGCUCCCCGCUGUUUCACAACUCCACGGUCCCCGUAUGCAACAUCGCUAAAUCGCGAGUUCAAGCGUGCGUCAGGGGCUUAUGGAAGCGUUUCCAGCGAGGGGAACUCGACUGCAAAUGUAACCAGGCCUGCAGGGAUGAAACAUUCGACCUCAGCCUCUCGUCCUCCAAGUGGCCCUCCAAUCAGUUCGUUCCUUACAUCUUGAGGGACCUGCACAUGAUCCAAGACGUCCGGAGAAACAAUCUUCCGCGGAACAUGAAAGAGGUGAAGGACAAUCUGGUCCGGGUCGAGAUCUCAUACAAGGAGUUAAACUACGAAAGCAUAUCGGAAGAAUGGAACUACAAAGAAGAGAACCUCCUGGGCGAUAUGGGUGGUCUGCUGGGCUUUUACAUUGGCGUGUCCAUCAUCACUAUCUGUGAGUUCGUCGACUACGUGCUCGACUUGUUCGGACUUCUCUGCAGAAAGAUCAAAAGAAGCCUAAAGAGGAAGAAUGUUCACCCGAUAAAACUGGGCCCCGAUGUGAAGGCAGACAAGAAGGGUCCCAGGAAGAUAUUCGUCAUCCCAGUCGCCACCAACAAAAAUGAGAAGGAGGAGAUGGCGCGGAACUUGACGAUUCCGCAGUUGUCCAAGAAGUUCUGCAGCGCCACUACAUGCCACGGUCUCAACCGCAUCGCCCAGGCACAGUCCCCGGUCGCCCGCUUCAUCUGGCUGAGCCUGGUGCUCACCUCGCUGACGCUGUUCGUACUCCAGGCCAACCUACUCAUCACCAAGUACUUGGCCUAUCCGGUACAGAUCAACGUCAACAUUGUCGUCAAUCACAAGCUCCCGUUCCCGUCCGUGACGAUCUGCAACCAGAACAGAAUGAAGAAAUCGACACUGAACGGAACGCGCUUCGCCCCGCUGGCGGACAUCGACGAAGAAACUGUCGGCACGGUGGCGUAUCUGGGGAAGGAUGCAAGUACGGUGAGCCGUCAGAGAGGGGGAUCGAGUGAGUACACAGGGCGGAAGAAGAGGGAAAUCCCAGCAGAAGAUCCCCACAGCCUUCGCGGAGACAGGCCCGUUGUUGUUCGAAAACGCCGAGCGUCGUUAUCGUCGCCAGGGUGCCCCAGCGACCCUGGGAACCCGUAUGGAAUCGUUUGUCUUGACGUCAAGUUCUCCAUGGUAAACGCCACUAAGGGAUGCGCUGCCAUCGGCAUGCAGCUGUGCACGUAUGACCAACUACGGAAGGCGCAUGCCAUGGGCGUCCGAGACCCAUUGACGAGCGACGACAACGACGGUUGGCGGUUCUUCAGCCGCCCGGACUGGGACGUGACGUUGCAGGACGACUGCGGGCCGCGUUACGAGAAAGUCGUGGACGAGUGUUACGAGGGGAUGUUUCCUCACACACCUCGGCCAGCCACGCAUGGAUUCCUGUACUGUUGUACUAGAGAAAUGGUCCGAACUACAGAAGAAUACAACACACAUGAAGAAGCCAAGCAAGCCUGUGAAAACCAACAAUUUCAGCUGUGCACCCUAAAGCAAAUGACGAACGCUUAUGACAAUGGUAUUCGAGACGAGAACUGGGGCUUCAUCAGCCCAUCAGACAAGCAGGCCCAACUCGCACCAUGCGGGUGCCGACCUGACAACGAAUGUUACCAGUUGGCGUUCUCCUACAUCCAGCGUCAAAGCACUACCCUCCCGGCGUAUUGCUGCAAACGAACGUACCAGAUGCGAAACGACUACUUUGGUCAAGAAGGGGCGGAGAGGGGAUGCUCUUCAAUCGGAUACGAACUGUGCAGUCUGAAGCAGCUUGCAGCAGUUCACGACAUGGGCUCACGUUCUGUCGCUUGGGGAUGGGUGAAAGAAGAGCGGACAAUUUCUCGGCUUCAUGGGAUCUGUGCGGAAGGAAAUGGCGUCCACUGCUACGAGCAGGCUCUGCAGUACACGACUGCUACUCCAGGAGGACUCUAUGGGCUACACUGCUGUACCCCCACCUUCCUAGCGACCACUCAGUCUUUCAUCAGCUACGACAACGCGGCGGGCACAUGUAGCAGGGAUGGCAAGCAGAUCUGUACAUUGGCUCAGCUGGCAGAAGAGUAUCAGAAUGGAGUUCAAACUAACACCUGGGGGUGGGCUGAGGGUCAGAUGCAGGCCGUCGUUGGCGAGUGCGACUCUACCCUUGACUGCUUCAACAACGUCACCAACGCUAUCCCGUACGUGACAGCGGACGGGUCGGCCAAGCAAGCCUACUGUUGCGAGUAUGUCCGAGUUUGGCCGGAACUCCCUCCUCGGACCCAAUGCACCAACCGAUUCAAAGGGUGCAACAAUCCUCUUGGGAUGGAGAACGGUGUCAUCAAAGACUACCAGAUCACGGCUUCAUCUACGGACGGACGGAACGGGACUCAGGCGCACUACGGCCGCUUGAACGGGUGGGCGGCGUGGUGGUCCAACGGUGUCCCACAGGGGGUCCUAGGGAUCGACGAGUGGUUCCAAGUGGACCUACUGAAGCCGAUGUACGUCACAGGCAUCAUCACCCAAGGACUGGCAAGAGCAUUUAUCUUAACAUUCAAGAUUCGCUACUCUAACGACACGGGCGGACCGUGGUUCGUGUACACCGAUCCGUAUGGAGGCCGUGACGAGUUGUUCAAAGGCGUCUCCGCAGAAGACCAAACAAGCCAUCAACACUUUGCCUUCCCCAUUCUUGCCAGAUACAUCAGGUUCAUGCCGUGGUUCCUGUCAGAGUUUAUCUCACUGAAGAUGGAACUUGUCGGCUGUGACCCCGAGACUUGCUCGGACCCGAAGAGCACGGACGGGCGCGGCGUGGUGAACGUGGCUCUGGACUGUCAGGAGAGGGAGUGUUACAUGGGAAAGGGAGAGAACUACCGAGGCAUAAAGAAAACGACUGAAUCGGGACGCAGUUGUCAGAACUGGGACCGACACUACCCACAUCAGCACUGCAACAUCACCGGGGAUACCUACUCUGGAGCUUGUCUGGCGAAAAACUACUGCCGCAACCCGGACGGCAGACCCGGCGGACCGUGGUGUUUCACAGUCGACCCCGUCAUCACCUGGGAGUACUGCGGGGUCGAGAAAUGCACGGAGGGAGACGACAUCGUGCUGGACAAGACGGCGUGGAGAGAGUACAUCGAGCGGACCAACACAUCCGACUACAACGACCUGUCCGAUCUUCUUCCCCGAGCCACCCGCGACGAGCUGAGGCAGCUUGGGCACCAGAGGGACGACUUCAUCCUGCAGUGUAGCUUCGACAAACAGCCCUGCACUCCUGAAGACUUCACGUCUACCCAGACUGAGAGGUAUGGCAACUGUUUCACGUUCAACUCCGGUCGCGAUGGCAAAGAAUGGGUGACCACGAGGUCCGGCUCAAGCUACGGUCUGAAACUCACCCUCAACCUUGAGACGGCAGAGUACCUCGGGCUGUUCGGCAACAAAGCCGGCGCCAGGGUCAGCAUCCACCCCGUCAACUCCACACCCUUCCCUGACACUGACGGCGUGGACAUCCCUCCCGGCAUGGCCACGUCCAUAUCGGUCCGGUCCCUGGUCAUCACGAGGACGCCGUUCCCUUACGGCGGCGGGGACUGCACGGCCAACGUGGACGAGACCGUGUCGCUGUACGAGGGGAACAAGUACUCCUUUCGCUUGUGUGAGAACAGUUGCUAUCAGUGUCAGGUCAUGCAGAACUGCAGCUGUACCACGGACUUGAUCGAUUUAAGCAAGGUGGAGGCAAUCCGAAAGUGCAACGACCGGUUCCGGGACGCCCCCGUUCCCAUCUGCGACCUGGCCAACCCCCGGGUCCAGGCCUGCGUCAGGAGCCAGUGGAAGCGCUUCGAAAGCGGGGAGAUGAACUGCACCUGCAACCAGGCCUGUCGCGACGACGCCUACGAGCUGAGCAUCUCCUCCGCGGUCUGGCCGUCUCGCCAGUUCCAACCGUACAUCCUCAGAGAUCUGCACAUGAUCCAGCAUUUGAACAGGCGGAAUCUUCCCCGGUCCUACGAGGAUGUGCGCGACAACUUGGUCCGCGUCGAGGUGUACUACGAGGAACUGAACUACCAGAGCAUCAGCGAAGAGUGGAACUACAAGGAGGAGGAUUUCCUCAGCGAUCUCGGUGGUCUUCUCGGACUGUACAUUGGUAUUUCCUUCAUAACGCUAUGCGAGAUCAUCGACUUUCUUCUUGAUAUGAUAAAGCUACUGAUGAAGAAAUGCUUAGUGUUGAGAAUGAAAUGGCAAUGGCGCCAGUUACAACAGGCUGUGGACGAAAGUAAAGUAAACGGAUGAGAUAAUGUAUGUUUCAAAAAGUAGUGUACGGUGAAUCUGUUUUCAUCGCCUGCUUGAUCUGUGUAGAAUCUGAUGUAGAAACAAAGAACAUGUCAAGG